AUGGAUCUAAAUAGGCAGUUAUUUAAUUUUUAGAAUUUAUUAUACAAUUAAACUAGGUUUAUUAUUGAUUAAUAAAAAUAGCAACAGAAAAAAUACUAAUAAAUUAAAAGAACAAAUAAUUUUAUAAUGAUAUAAGUAAUUGAAGACAGAAGUGGUAUUGAAAACAAUUAAUUUUAGAGGGAUAAUAAUAAUAAUAUGAAAUUGAUGGAGUUUCAUUGAGGAUGUGGGAAGAAGGUAAUGAAGUUUUCUAAGUUUUUUAGUAGCUAAUUAAUAUAGACAGGAGAUACAGGUAGAAAAUGGCUCUAUAAUAAACUUAGUCGAUGUAACUUUAGUGGUGGUAAAAUAGUGUGGAUAAAUUGUUUUAAAAGUGCAAUGGAGUUCCAAAGAAAUAUCUUUAAAAAUUGAAAGUGAUGAUGAUGGGUAAGUCAAACAGGCAAUGUAGUAUAUGUUGUAAUUAAUUCUAAAAAGGUAUCGAAUUUUUAUUUAAAUAGAUGAACUAAUUACGUAGCUACCUUGUAAGCAUAUCUACCACAAAUCUUGUGUGGAUUCAUGGCUUUAGAGUAGCACGAAAUGUCCGAAUUGCCGAUCAGAUGUAUUAGAAGCCUUAAAGAAUAUGGAGAAAUGAUUUUCAUUUCUAUGGACAAG